UGGACGGCCGGACGUGAGUGCGAAGCGCAACAACGAUCUACGAAACUGUAUUCGCGCGUUCGAGUCCGAACAACACAUUGAACCGGAAGCCACCGGUGCCAGAAGGGCUCGUGCUCCCUGCCUUUGCCGCCGAACGCCGAUUGUACCUACUCUUCUCUAUUGAUCUUUCCCGUGUCUCCUCUGCGCCAUGAAGUCGUUAACGCAAGAAUAAUGCCAAAAAUGCAGAUAAAGAGCGCACCUGCACAAAUGUUUGCACGAUUAUUCACGAGGAUCAAAGCGGAGGGCAAGUUACAAAGAGGUCUUUUGGCAUUUUGCCUGUUUGCAUCCGUCAUGUCUCAGCCAACUGGAAAUGACUUGGCCGUUCAGGCUGUCUCUCAGGGCGCCCACUUAUUCUCUACCAAUUUUGUUAAGACUGUUGCAAAAGAACAAGAACAAAAUUUAAUAUGCUCUCCCCUGAGUGCCCACAUCGCACUGAGCAUGGCAGCUGACGGCGCUGCCGGAACUACCGAGGCACAGUUCAAAGAUGUUCUCAAGCUUCCAGCCACGAAAGCUCAGACUCUGGAAGGUUAUCAGAAUCUCAUCGAUAAAUUGAAUAACGUUGAAAACGUUACUUUGAAGCUUGCUAACAAGCUAUUCCUCAACCAAGGCUUUCCAGUGAAACCUGAGUACAAGCAAGAUCUUCAGACAUACUAUCGUUCCGACAUUGAGUCGGUAAACUUUUCCGAACAGCAAAAAGCCGUGGAUACCAUCAAUACCUGGUGCAAAGACAACACCAACAAUCGCAUCGAUAACAUCAUUAGUGCCGAUGAGGUGAGUGGGGAUACUGCACUGGUGCUCGCAAACGCAGUAUACUUUAAGGGCAAAUGGGCUCACGAGUUCGAUCCUAAGGCUACUACAGACCGCCCGUUCCACAUUGAUGCCAAUACCGUAAAGAAUGUUCCAACUAUGUUCAGGAAAGGCAACUACAAAUACGUCGAACUGCCGGAAUACGAUGCUAAAUGCAUCGAGCUACCGUACGCGAACAAAGAGAUCAGCAUGGUGAUCAUCCUACCCAAUAAAAUUGAUGGUCUGAGUGCGCUGACUGACAAACUCGAGGAAGUUAGCACGGAAUGCAGCACCCGUCUCACUCAAAUUUACGAGCGUGAGGUACGAGUAUACCUGCCCAGAUUCAGGAUUGAGAACAAAUUGGACCUUGGAAAUACAUUGUCGCAAAAGAUGGGUCUUUCUGAACCGUUCAGCAACGGAGCCAACUUUAAUGGCAUUUCCGACGCACCUUUGAAGAUUGACAAAGUUGUGCAAAAAGCUUUCAUCGAAGUUAACGAGGAGGGUAGCGAGGCAGCAGCCGUCACUGCAGUCAUCACCUUUGCACGAUCCGCACGGAUAUGGACCGGCACGAAUGACUUUUUGAUAGAUCGUCCAUUCGCGUAUAGCAUCAUGAAACGUGUCGCAAACACGGAAACAAAUGCCUUUGAUAAAAUUCCGAUUUUCUGUGGACAAUGCGUGCAGCCUGAAUUUUGAAGAGGCGAGAGAUCGGCGAGGGAAAGCUCUGCCUCGCCGUUCGUUUCUGCUAGCGAAUACAAUUUGCUGUAAACACCCUGUUAAUAUACAUUGCGUCGUUUACCAUUAAUAUUUACGGACGAUGUGCAAUAUUCCUAUACUCUGACAUUAUCUUGUGCGAAGGGUAACUAAAGAAAGAAUCACGAGUUAACCAUGAAUAAUUUGAUUGCCUUCAUUUUCAUCCUCGAAGGCGUUCACGAGUCUCAUCUAACAAAAAUUAAUUAAUUUCAAUUUAAUGACAAUAGUAAUAAACCGCAGAGAUAACAUCAGUCUAUUUUACACGGCAUCUUGUCAUUUGCCAAUCAUGAAAAACGCAUCGCAGCUUGUAUAUACAUAUAAUUUUGUAUAUAGAACAGUAAGACUUCGUGACUUUAUUAUGAAACGUGGCCACAUCGAUAACAGACGAUCUUAUAGCAUAAAUAAAUAUUUCAGUUCCAGUAUUCCGGAUAUCGGGGGCACCGACAUUUAAAGUGGAUCGUGCGUUUUUCUUUUGCACCGUUAAGUCAUACCCCGAAAAUAACUUUGUAAAUCUGUUCGUUGGACGCAUUGUCGAACCUACUGAGUAAUCAUUUACAGACGUUACGUUUAAAGUGUUUAUUUGAAAAGUAUGAAGCUUAGUAUAAAUCUAGUAAUUAAGAAAGCACAAACUCGAUAUGUAUCUGAAUGGUAAUAAAUGAUAACGGCAACAUAUGCCUAUGUGCUAAUCGA